AUGUGACGUCGCGAUAAGCCAGAACUCCAGGAGGUUUAGUCAAAGGUGGCAAUAUAAAUUUGUAUUGCCUUUGUUGGUGUCGUUAAUUUUAAUGAUUCUCUUUUAUGAAACUAAAAUAAUUUUUUUAAUGCCAAUAUGAAUACAUUACAGUGCAGUUGCAGCUACAUGCUAGCACGUUUAUUUGCUGGUAGCGCAGGGAAAUGUUGCAACGUGAACAAAUGUAUUCCAAUUUAUUGAAUACAAUUUAUGUCAAGGCAACCAUACGAACAUGUGUUUUUUAAUUAAAUAUGCUAGUGGAAGCACAGAAUAGAGUAUAGUGUCAUAUAAAAGUAAAACGCACACGACUCAGUAUCACGUAUGCGUUGUCAUCAGAACAUUUCCAUAACCACCAAGCCAUUUUUAAUCGGUCAUUUAAAAAUGUACUUGUUUACUCAAAAAUGGUCAGUUGCUCGUCUCAGCACCGCCUCUCUGACAGUAGCCUACAGGAAGAACACCUCUAGACUAAUCGGCUAAACUUGUUAACGUUUGGUAGAUGGCAAGCUAGCUAGUAGGGGUUUACGUAGUCUAACGUUCAUGGACAGGAUAGAAACCGGGACAGUACACUAAACGCACAUUAUAAUGACCGGCAACAUCGAUGGAUUUAUUUUGCGAAAGGUCGUAACGUCGUCACGAUGAAGAAAGGGCUGUAGCGUUAGAACGUCUGCUAGCUACUGUAGCUUGCAGUCGCGGAACAGAAACAGCUAGACUGCGCUAGUCUACCUCACUAGCUGGCUAGCUAGUCUAGCUAGACUAAGUCAACAGUAUUGCUAGCAACUGGAUUCUGUUUUAUUUGCUUGUUAACCUUAGACUAACACAUUCGCUGGCAUUUCUGUCGUCAGUUAACAUGUCGCUAUCCGUUUAAUUAGCUGCCUAGAUCCAUCAUCUAGGUACGUAGCUAGUUAGCAGUAGCACCAACUUUCAGAUGUACAGAUAGAUUUUUAUGCGUAUUGCUAACGUUGUAGUAACCAUGGAGACGCCCGAUUUACCUGUUGAGAUAAUUACGUACAUUCUGAGUUUCCUGCAAGUUCCAGACCGAAAAGAGGCCUCCAUGGUUUGCAGAAGUUGGUACAUUGCUAGCCAAGACUACCAGUUCCAGAAGAACGUCACAUUCAGGAUUCCGGCGUCGUGCUCUUCCAUGGACGUGAUCCGUGGGCUGGGCCGGCGGCCCCGCUGCGGCCUGGUCAUCAGCCACCUGGACGGCUCCAGGGCGUCGCGGGAGGUGCUGGCGGAGGUGGGGGCGUGCCUGGGCCCCCGUCUGGAGAGCCUGUCCCUGCCGGGGAGCAGCGUGAGCGAGGCGUCCCUGCUGGGCCUGCUGCCCCGCCUCACCGCGCUGCGCCGGCUGUGCCUGCGCGGCACCGACAGCCUCUUCAUGUCCGGCGCCUUCCUGUCCCGGGACGAGAGCCGGCGGCAGGUGCGGGCGGCGCUGGCGCGGCUGGAGGAGCUGGACCUCUCGGACCUGCGCUACCUGUCCGACCUGACCUUCGACCGGCUCACCGGCUGCACGCCGCGGCUCCGCCGCCUGGCGCUGGCCGGCUGCCACGUGGCCUUCGAGUUCGACCCGUACCGCGGGCGCCCGGCGGGGCACCAGUCCUCGGCGCUGCUGUCGCUGCGGAGCGUGCGGGCGCUGCUGCAGGCGCAGGCCGCCACCCUGCGGGCGCUGGACCUGAGCGGGACCGGCGUCAUGCCCGAGUCGCUCUGCUCGCUGGCCCGCGUGGACGGGCUCCGCCUCCUGGACCUGCGGCUCCGGGGCUGCAGGGAGGUGACGGACCGCGCGGUGGAGGCCCUGUGCCGCCACCAGCCCGCGCUGCGCACCCUGGACCUGGGCGCCUGCACCGAGCUCACCAGCAGGGCGGUGCUGGCCGUGGCGGCGGGCCUGGAGGACCUGCAGCACCUCCACCUGUCCCGCCUCGGCAGGCUGACGGACAGGGGGCAGGCGGAGCUGGCGGGGCUGAGGGACCUGCAGACGCUGGACCUCUCCGAGUGCCUCCACGUGAGCGGGACGGAGCUGGUGAAGGGGCUGUCCCGGCCGCAGGGCGGGGCACGCCUGGCCUCACUCAACCUCCGCGGCUGCGCCUACGUCAAGGACCUGACUGUGUUCUCAUUGGCCCAGCUGCUGGGCCCCAGUCUUCGUGUGCUCGACCUCACUUCCUGUCCGUACCUGACGGACCUGAGCGUGCGCGCCAUCGCCACCUACCUGCCCGGUCUGGUGGUGCUUCGACUGGGCUGGUGCAAGGAGAUCACGGACUGGGGCAUGCUGGGAAUGGUGGAGCCCACCAAAGAAUUCAACCCUGAAAAAGAGAUGGAGGACAAGGGCCCCAGCUUCACCCGCACGUUCGGGAACAUGGGGUUCUUCCGCCCCCCGCGCAUGCCGUUCGAGGAGAAGCCGCGGCUGGUGACGGAGGAGGACCUGGGCACGUUUCGGGGGCAGGAGGGGGCGUCCCUGCUGGCCCUCGGGGGGCUCCAGGAGCUGGACCUGUCCGCCUGCUGCAAGCUGACGGAUAGCAGCAUCACUCAGGUGCUGCGUUUCCCGGACCUGCGGAGGCUGUCGCUCGCCAUGCUGCCCGAGAUCGGCGACGAGAGCCUGGCGUCGGUGGCGUGGCACUGCCGCGGCCUCGCCAGCAUGUCCCUGUCCCACUGCCCGCGCAUCAGCGACCUGGGCGUGGCCCGCGCCGCCCCGCACCUGCACCGCCUGCGCCACCUGCAGCUGGCCUGCUGCGGCCUGCUGACCGACAGGUCCCUGGCUGUCCUUGCUCAGAACUGCAAGAACCUACAAACUCUGGACGUUUCCAUGUGCAAAGGCAUCACCAUAGCGGCAGUGGACCUCCUCCAAUCGCAGCUGCCCUUCCUGGAGAACGUCCACUGCAACUCUGUGGGCGGCGGCGAGAUGAACUUCACAUUUUGACGACGUGCCACGUCUGGAUGAGAGGACGGCAUCGCAGGUGUCACUGCAAAAAAAAAAAAAAAACAAGAUCAGGUUAAAACCUAGUAUAUGGCUGGACCGAACCAGCCGACGUCACAGACAUGCGCGGUCUAACUUUAUCACUCACUCACGAUGUCACAGACAUUCGCAUUUUUAGAGCUGGCCCCGCUGUUGCGGUCCAGCCAAAAGCAGAUUUGUAGCUUUAAGGAAUGGUAUUUCUGCAAACACUCCACAGCAGUGCUGGAUGGGAGUUGUAGUCCAGUGAUCGGGGGAAAAAAAAUCACUCAACCUGGAAAAGCAGUCUCCUUUAAUCAUUGUGCGUAGGAAUCUCAAGGAUGACAAAGUAAUUUCAAGCAAUUGUGUCACGCUAAAUGUUUUAUGAAUGUAUAGCAAGGAUUUCAGUUGGGUACCAGGCCACUGGCACUUUGUGUUCACUGAAAAUGUGUCCUGAAACAACUAGGGUGUUCCGUAGCACCCUUGAAACUACCUCCUGACAUACCUGGGCUGUACCUGUGUGGUGGGGGAACCCCUGAGGGGCUGCGUAGCGCUGGGCCUGUCCUGCACACACCCCGCCCCUCCCCCCACCCCCAGACAGGUGCUCAGGUGGAGCUCUGGCAUGGUCACGCUUCCUCAGGUACGGGGGCGGGGUCAUCGUUCGGGCCACGCCCUCUCCACACCUGCAGUACUGACCGCACGGUCAGUGCAUUUCCACAUUGCCACAGGUUUGUGUGUCGGAAGUCUAUGCCAAGUUAUAUGCGGGUAGGGGUAAAACAACACUGACAGUGUGCUUUUGACUUUGGUUUCCCAACCUCUGUUGGAGUUGAUUUAACACUGGGCAUUUUGCAAUGUGACAGUCAUGCUGAGCAUGAUAUCAGCUGUCCAUAUCUGUCUAUUGUGGGGCAGUGUGGAUGAAGAAAAUGUCCUAGUUAACACAGAAAUGACUGGGGCGAGCUGUGCAUCAAACUGGUCAUUUUCAGACACGUGGAAGUGGGUGAUUGGGUAAUUUAAUGGGACUAAAGCAAUUACAGAUGCAUAAAAUAUUACAUGAAAUAAUAUUUAAUAAAUUAAAAACUUAAUUUGAAUGAAUUAAAAAAUGUAAGUUUGUUUUGUUAUUCUCUCCGUUCGUAAAAACGUGUAGACAGUACCCAGCACUCAGGCCUGGUCUCAAGGUUCCCUACCUGUACUGUCGGUCCUGGUCAGACAGUAGACAGACAUGGGGAUUUGCCAGAAGCGUCAGUCAAAUGACUAAAU